ACGGCAGAGGGUAACUGGUAACUAAAACUGUAUCACAUCACCAGGAGCUAUCAGGUCCGGAGCUGCAGGCUUGCCCCAAAAUAACAACAAAACAAACAUUGUUCACAUAAAGGGUUUAAGAUAAAGCUUCCAACAAGAUUUGAUCCUUUUCAAGGAUAUUUUCUCCUCUCCCUCACAUUAACUGCCCGAGUCGGAACUCGCUUUUUAUCGCCCUUGUCCGCUGGAGAAGCAUACUACCAAAGGAGCAGGCAUAAAGUAACCCAAGCCGUGGUUGACUCUUGGUAGAUGUGAUGAAUCUUCAUUUCGUAACUGGAUGAAAUGGCUUGAACCUCCAACCCCGCCGCACCAUGGCAGGUUUUCUCUCCGCUAUGGGUUUGGUGGUGAUGCUCAAGGCUCUUUUGCAUGACCAGUGUGCAGUUUUUCUGGGGAUAGCAGUUUUGGUAACAGUGAUCUCAGCUGGUUCACCUCUUGGAGAUGAAUCUCUGCCGGACUCACACACCUCCCCUGUGGAGGUUCUUGGGGAUGUUCCAAGGACAACAGAAUCACCAUUGGCCUUACCAGUCUCACAUUACACUGCCUUUAAGAGCCCAGAGUUACCUGGUGCCCUCCUCUCCCUUCCUGAACCAGUUCCCAAAGCAAGGACUGCUGACAGCAAGCUUUUUAAAUCAGGACAUGGUGCAUAUAAAAACUCUAAAUCUGUAAUGCCAAGGAAUGCCUAUUCAGAGGAGACUGGUGUUCAGACUCCGUCAUUAAGCCCCACUAGACUUCAGGGGUUUGAGGCAUCAGCUACAAGCUCCACUGAAGGGAGGGGGGUUAGGACUAAUUCUGACAAACAGGAAUAUCAUUUUCCUCUUUAUUCUAUGAGACUGAAGCAACUGCCCCAGUCAAAUACAUCUGUGACAAAAACACCUCAUCAGGAUCUUGAUUACAAAGAAGAAACAUCUUCAAACAUGGUCAGGAAUGGGACAUCAAAACAAAUGCAGUCAGUCAUGACCUCAGCUGCUGACCUGCCUCUUGAACCUCCUAAACUGGCUCUGUCUGAGUCUUUGACGGACAAUGGUGAAAAGGUUGUUUCAAGCUGGAUGGUGCAGAACAAACAUGAACAUGACAUAAACACACUACCUAACCUAGACCAGAUUAUGGCUCCUGGUUACCACGUGCCUUUCAUCACCCCCCAGUCCUCAUUAAUAUUAUCUGAACCUAAUGAGGUGCCUUCAGAAGACUUCUACCCCACCAACACUAUGGAUGUAGAUUGGGGCUCUGGAGACUACUUGGAAACAAUGUCCUUCAACACAGAUAAAGACGAUUAUUCUCUGGUUACUAAGGUGCUCUCUGACCCGUAUGAUAUGGAGGACGACACAGAAAUCUACGACACAUCCUUUCCUUCCAGAGUGGGCAUAUCACCUUCAUCCAUGCACCCUGGUCAUGUCUCAUCUUCUCCCAGCCUCAUGACAGCAUACCUCACCAAUGCUCCACAUCAAUCAAUUCACCCACCCUCACUUUCUACACAGGCUCCCUCUUUGCUGAACCCAACUUUCACACCUGGUACUGAUGUACCUGAUGCAUCAGACAUAGAUUGGGGAGAUGCCUUCACAAUUCGACCAACAGAUGUCCUCUUACCUGACAUGAACAGCUUGGAGUAUUACACCACUCAGCUGACAAAGGACAGCAGUGUUUCAGAAAACGGAGCAGAGUACAGGGACAAUAUCAAUGAAGACUCCAUCAAUGCUACAAGGGCCCCAUCCUCCGUUGACCUUACCACGGAUUCUAAACUGAUGGAGGCUAAGUCCUCCAGCGAUCUGUCAGGGUUUGGGCCUCAUUAUGAAUCACCUACAGUGGAACCCACAGAGAACACUCCAACCUACAUCUUUGAUCCCUCCUCCUCUGUAUGGGGUGCUCCAGUUCCCACCUCAGGCUGGUCCACACAUGCGCUCACUGUAGACGUGGAUACUGCAUUGGUUUUACAGCCAAGUGCAACACCUUUGCUACCAGAGGAUUUGGUUUCUUCUUCUUUGUCAGAUGUCCAUUGGUUUGUCACAGAAUCCUUUGAUGACAGCCCUACACUCAUCACUCCUGCCAUAACUGCAACUUCAGCCUUUUCUCCAGCUCCUGCUGAAGCUACUGGAAACAACACUGCUGUUACAACUGAACUAAUGUCUGGAGACUCCUUUGCAUCUGAACAAACUGACAAUAGGACUCUAGUUUCAACUGAAUCCAUGUCUCACAAUGUUACCCUGGUUCCUCCAGUUAUGUUUGUUGAUCAGAGCGUGACUGAAGACGGGGCUGACAACAUAUCCACAUUGACCUCAGUCCCAACAAGCAGUGAAGUUGUUACAGUUUCUGCUGCCACCGCAAGUCCAGCUGCCACAAAUACUCCUCAUCCAGCUACAACCGGAACGUCUGCUGCCGCUGAAAGCUCAACUAGUGUCAGCAUCUUUGCUGUUACCAACAACAAAACCACGCCUACAUCAACAACAUCAAGACAGUACCUCUGCAGAGCUGACAGCCCUGCUUACUUAACAAAGACGGGUUUCUCUUCUGAGGUGACUGUUGGAUUUGCCAAAUCUCAAGUCAGAGACAUUCUGAAAGUGGAAUUUAACAAGUCAGUGGAGCUCCAGGUCGUUAGCCCUCCACCACAGUUUGUGUUCCGGGUGGUGUCGGGUCCAGUAGUGUACACAGCCAUUUCUGUCAUCAAUGCUCUGCAAAGGUCUGGCCGGAGCUUCCUGUAUGUGUCCCCCAACUUACCGACACCAGACCAGAAAUAUCAUGUCCACACGGUGUUGCAGUUUGUCCCUGGUCACAUAGACGUGCGAUACUGCAGCUUCUCUGAGAGCGUCAAGAAAGGUUUGAUUAUGGCUUUUGCAGAAGUGUGCCGCCGGUCAAAGGAGUCAACCAACUUCACCGUCCAUAUUCUAAACAUCACCAUGGCGGCCAACAAAUCUGUGGAGCAACAGUUAGUGAAGCAGCAAGUGGGAAUCACAUUCACUGUUAGUGGUUCAAGGGGUUAUCUGAUGGGGUCGAAGGUCAGCAACGCACUGAUGAAACUCUCAAUGGUAGAAUUUAGCUACUACAUUGGUUUUCCUGUGCUGCAGAUUGCGGAGCCUUUCCAUUAUCCACAGCUGAACACCAGUCACUUACUUCGCUCCUCCUGGGUCAGAACAGUUCUCCUGGGUGUUCUGGACAAGAAAAUGAGUGAACGGACCUUUCAAGCUAACAUGGAGCGCAGACUGGCCAUGUUGCUCGGGGAAGCGAUGGGACAUCUCAGGCGGGUCAAAAGAGCGACGACUGUUGGUAACAGUAGCAUGCAGGUUUUGAGUGUGACCCGGGUGGAGGGUGCAGACAACCCAGCAGAGAUGGUGUAUUUCGUGGAGGGUCAGAAUGGUCAUAGGAUGUCUGCAGUCCAAACUGCCAACCUGCUUAACAGCCUGGAUGUUCAAAGGGCUGCCAUCAUCCUGGGAUACCGUGUGCGGGGCAUUUUGGCUCAGCCUGUAGAGAAGGUGCCAUCCUCCCCUUCUGACCCCGAGAACACCAACUUGUGGAUCAUCAUCGGGGUGGUGAUUCCUCUCCUCCUGGUCGUCAUCAUCAUUUCCAUCCUCUACUGGAAACUGUGUCGGACGGACAAGCUGGAGUUCCAGCCGGAUGCUAUGACCACCAUCCAGCAGAGACAAAAGUUACAGGCUCCAAGUGUAAAAGGCUUUGAUUUUGCCAAGCUCCAUCUUGGCCAGCAGAGUAAAGAUGAUGUCAUGGUUAUCCAGGAACCCGCCCCGCCAGGCUCUGGCUCCGGUCUUCUCACUCAGUCCAUUAAAGAUGGCCUCAGUCCAUCUGAGAACUGCGAGGCCCCCACGCCCAAAUCCAAAACCUCCGCCUCCUCCACGAAGGCGUCCCGAAGGCGAGAAAGGAUUUCCCCAUCAGACGGUGACUCAGUGGUGACUGACCACUCCAGUGAACGGGAAACGACUGAGGAGAACCUGAGAGCCCAUGCCACACCUAACGACAGCAAGCAGACCCGCAGGAAUAGAAUUGGUCCACCACCUCUGAAGAGUGCUGCAAAUGAGCAGCAGUCCUCAGCCUCCAUCUUCGAACAUGUUGAUCGGAUGUCUCGUGCCACAGAUGCCAGCCGUAGACUCCCAAACAAAGUCCAGCUCAUAGCCAUGCAGCCCAUGCCUGUCCCACCACUGCACAGUCCACCCAUCAACGGCAAACCAUCUGAUACAAACCAAAUGAACAAAGAGAUCCAGGCAGCACUGAGGCACAAGUCAGAGAUUGAACAUCAUCGCAACAAGAUUCGUCUGCGUGCCAAGAGGAAAGGCCACUAUGAUUUCCCUGCAAUGGAUGACAUGAUCAGCAGCCUCGGCGAUGCAAAGGAGCAGGAUCAUAUCUACCAAAAGGCACAGACUCAAAUCGAUAAGAUCCUGGAUCCAGAUAAUCCGGUUCGCUCCAUUCUUAUGGAGAACAAGAAAAGUGGUCGUGGGCGGCGUUCUCCAAAGCAGAGAUUGAAGGAUCAGCUGAAUGGAGGCAUGAUAGAAGCAGACAAAGACCACCUCAUCACUGAAGACAGCGAUGCAGUUUACAGAAAGUGCCCUGGGGUCAACAAUGUGGCCUACGUGUCGGACCCUGACCAAGGCCCUGGUUCCACUCAGAGGAGCCCCUCCCCCACAGAUGAUGUCUUCCUUGGCCCAGCGUCCUCCCCUCCAGGCCACGCCCCUCCCCCACUCCCCUAUAUGCCUCCACAACCCUCCAUUGAGGAGGCCCGGCAGCAGAUGCACUCCCUGCUGGACGAUGCCUUUGCUUUGGUGUCGCCCACGUCUCAGAGCAGCACAGCAGGGAUCACUCUGCCUGGGGUCAACAGCAACCCCCAGUGCACCAGCCCUCCAGGCUGGGGCCCCAGAGAGUGGGUCACCGGCCCAGAAAUUGGUCCUUUUCCUAGUAGAUUCAGUGAGCUGGGCGUGUCCUCCACUGCAGUCCAAGGCCUGACCCCAAGACAGGGCCUUGGCUCGAGCUACCUGCCACCAGGAGGAGCAGCAGGCCACAGCGAGCCUCUGCAGCCAGACAGCUUGUACACUGGCAGGGGCCUCAACGCUAAGCAGCUGCCCUUGUCUGCCAGACCACGCCCGGUAGGGGGAACUACAGGUGCCCAGCUCCAUCACCUCACACAGGUCGGCCUGUCCAGCCGGAUGAACGGUUAUCCAGCAGGGAUCAGGGCUGCUCCCGGCCAGAACGGAGGCCUAGGCUGGAACCACUACCAUAAUGACAAUUUCUCCCGGGUGGAAGCAGAAAGAGAUGCAAUGCACAGGAGUGGAAGUGGGGAGCCCAGAGCACCUCCUGUCCACUUGAACACUUCACCCAUGGUUUAUCUGACUGAUCCACAACCUUUGGAAACAUCUCCUCCCACCCACUCGUCUGCCUCCCUGAUUAAGGCCAUCAGGGAGGAGCUGCUGCGUCUCUCCCAGAAACAGGCGGCCGUGUCCAGCUACCACAGCUGAAGUCCUGGAUUCAUGUCUAUAACGGGUCUGUUCACUGAACGUUUCUCUCUACUUCACCUCACCUGACGAUGCUUCCCAUGGAAGCUCCUGUAGCUCUAUGGCAGAUAAAUUGUCCUGCGAAACUGAGGAGGUGGUCCACGGAUUCCUGAGACUCAUUGUUGGAAAAAUGAACUGAAAUAAUAAUUAGUUAAACUUAGAGGAAGUGUUGUGAAGCAGACUUGCUGUCCCUGUUUCUGUCCUGCACUUUUUUUUGAUCAGGGUGGGAUAAAUCCAGGCUGUUUCUAUGGUAGAACCACAAAUCGGAUAUUUUUGAUUUUACUGUAUUACUUCAGACUCAGUAUUCUGUGAUGUUUAUAUUUUAAAAUCUUUCCCAACCCAUCAGAAAAGUUUUAGUUUCUCUCAGUUCACCCAUCAUGACCAUGAAUUAAUAUUUAGUUAAACUGUUAUGGAAUGAUAAUAUAACAUUAAUGACAUGUUUAAGUUUGAAUUUUAUUGUUUCUUCAAUCCAAAAAUGGUCAGAAUUAUGCAUAGACUCAAAUAUAUUUUUCUCAUCUGUUCUUGAAUUUAUUUAGAUUGGGGCAGGGACCUCUUGUUGGGUGAGUUUGUCCCAAUUUUGUGUGGGGUCGGGGGUUCUGCUGUAAGCAUGGUGCUCGGUAGUGUCCGCUCUGUUGCACCCGUGGGCAGAGGUUGGGGUGGCAUUGCGCGGGGCCCUUGCCUUGCCAUCGCAGCGCGCCGUGUGGUGGGAGGCAGGAUGCGGCUGGGGUGCAGAACUUGCACUGUGUGGGUGUGUCUCGGUGUGCUUUUCGCGGGUGGAGCUCAUCUGUGGGGGUGUGGGGAAGGGAUUCCUGGCGUUUGGGUUUGGGGGCAUGUGUCCGAUAUCAGUGUCCUGGUUGAGGGAAGGUUCAUGUUGGGGUUCAUGAGGUUGAGAUUGGAAUUCAUGUUGGGGUUGGGACUGUUUCAUCCUGGGACGGCUCUGGUUGGCGGGCUUGUUUGGACCAGGUGGACUCCUCUUUUGUACAUCGCCCGCUCUCCGGAUAGGGACGGGGGUUUUGGAGCCUGGGGUCGGAGCGGGAGGUCAGGGUCUGGGCUGGGGUAGCUCGGGCAUUGCCGGCACUCGUCUGGGCUGGUGCUGGAGCGGACUGCCUGUCUCCACCCUGGAAGGAAGGGGACCAACUCCUGGGUCCGGGGGCUGGUUGACCUUCUCAGGUAUUGGCAGCUGGACCUGGGAGUAUAGAGUAAGUAUGGGGAGUGUGAGUGAGUGUACGACGUCCAUUGUUGUGUGUCUUUACGUUGGGUGCAUGGGUGUGAGUGUGUGCAUGAGGCUGGGAAUGUGUGAUCAUGACUGUGUGUGCCUGUUCUUGUGUCAGGUUGGUUCUUGGGUUGCUUCGUCUCCUGGAUCAGUUCCUCCCCGCCACACUAUCUGCCGGUGGUUGGUGUUUCAGGUUGGUGUAUUUGUGGUUCUGGCGUGUGCCAGCUCACUCCCGGUGGCUGCUUGCCGGGGCCCAGGCCCUUUGGCUCUGUCGGACCUCUGCUUGGGGAGUGAUGUGUCCUAGGGUCUUGGAUCUCUGGGUCCAUGACUGGAUCUGCUCUGGCGUAGAUGGCUGCCGGUGGGGCUCGUUGCUGCCGCUCUCUGAGACUUCUGCACUGUGGCUGCUGAAUGGUUUCCUGGGGCUCUCCUCUGCUCUUCUCUGGGGGGGGGGGGUU